AAAGAACUGCGUCAUCAAUGAUUUGCAUGUUUUUUUGUCAUGUUAUCGUGGCUCCUCUCACCUCAUGUAUCAAUUGGCAUCGUCAUUCCCUUUCAUAUUUGGCGCAAACCCAAAACCUCGUAUGCCUGAACCCCAAGACCUUGGGCAACAGAACACAGCUAAUACAAUCAGGUGGUAAGCGGUAAGCUGUGAGUUUGUCUUUGCAACUGUCUUCAUAGGCUUUCUGUUGGGGCAGUCCAUUCUUGCGACCACCAUGCCGUCCGGGUUGCGCAGUGACUGCUGGUUUGUCUGAAGUCAUUUAAACCUUAUCAUUUCCCAACUUGAUUCUAUUGGGGCUCUCUUUGUUUCACGCGUUUCUUAGCCCAGGCCUCCAGACCAGCUUCGUACCUUCCUUCGCCUGGCCUUUGGCUCGUGGGCCAGGCUCGGCUCAGGAGAGUAAUCGAGAUCCUGUGCGUGCUCACCACUCCUGUGGGCUCAGGGCGUGCCUUCCACCAGCGGCAUUUCCUAUUAAGAAGGCCCCGGUCAUCCAGGGCCCUGCGAAGGGCGCAGUGAAGUCCAUGAAGGCGAAGGGGCAAGCGUUCGAGGGCACAGGUGUUGCGCUGGACCAAUGAGAAGACGGCUUCGGGCCUCGCGAAGGACAAGUUCAUGAUGAAUAAGCUCAGGAAGAUCGUCUCGAAGAAGGCUUCCGCACAAGGGAUGGCGAGGUUCAACACCAAUGUCAAGCAUUGGACCUAGAGUGUCGUCGCUGUCAGGAAAACGCCCUGAAUAUGAAGGGUAUGGUUCUCAUCGGCGGGCCGAAGCAGGAGGGGAAGGCCCUGUACGCCAAGGCGAAGGCAAUCUACGCCUCCCGCAAGUGAGCCGCGGCUGCAUUCGUCUGGAUUGAGCUUGGCUCAGUGUGUGCCUGCGUGCGCGGUAGAUAUACGGCGCAGUGAGUGAUUCGGUUGUACACCACUUUAACCGUGAAGCAGCUUGCCCGUCCCAGUCUCCCGGGAGGAUCGAUAAGUUUUUCCCCUGUGGGUUGGAGAUCAGGCUCUAUCAUGUUCUGGGUGAUGCGCGCAUUGAUUCCCGAAGAAGAGUAUCGAAUUGCUGGCUAUUUGGUUCCCAGUUUUUAUCCAGUGCGCGCGUUGAACGAUGUGCAAGACGACUUCCCGUUUUGGAGCCGCAGGCCGCCUGCGUUUUUGAGUAUUGCGCAGUUUGAUUCAGCGGCGCAAGAAAUCAGCGGGUCACAAACGUCUGACGAUGGCUUGUGUUUCCUGUCAUCGAAGAUACCUGCGGCGAUGCAUCGCCGCCCCCUCUGUUUUUGAAGUGCCCACGUGGCCAAACGAUGUGCCCGAGUCUGGCUCAAACAAUUUGAAUGUGCUCCCCACAUUCCUCCCACGCUCCCUCUCCAUACGCCCUGCAAGGUUUCAGUUUCACUGGGCGGGGCGCCCCGUUCGAAAGCAACUGUUUCAAGCUCCUGAACCGUGCAGCACGCCAUCGUGGGGUUGCCACGCAUCAACGUUAUUGUUGCUUCUUGGCGCCUUCCCUGGGAUUUAACCCAGUCAAGAGAGAAGCACAUCGUAUCAGCAUGCGCACACCUUGGGAGGCCCGCGCUGAUUUCUCGGAUCGGCGCUGGACCCCCCUCGCUGGCGCGCGAAGCGCUCUAGGGGUAGCGCCAGAGGGUAGCGAUUGUACGGAGGGGGCCCGGCCCCUCCCGACAUGACCCCUCUUGCGUGUACAACCGGACCGAAGUAUCUGAUCGAGUUUCUCGUGGCCAGAAAAAGCGCCCUUAGCUCCUCAUCUGGCUUCCCCGAUGGCAGCGGGCGGCCGUAGCCUGCGGGGCGGAAAGUGCAAGAAGGGCGCAGCCUGCUUCGUGGUUCUAUCUUCUUCGUCGUCGUCGUCGUCGGCGGCUGCGGCUGCGGCGGCGGCGGCGUCGGCGUCGUCGUGGUCGUCGUGGUCGUCGUCGUGGUCGGCGUCGUCGUCGUCGUCGCUCUUCCGAGGAUCUCGCGGAGCCCAAGCCCGUCGUCACGCAGCAUCACGUGCUCCACCUGGGCCGCCGCACCUUCGCGGAGACGGUGCUCCCGCCGACCAGCUACCCCGUGGAGGAACUGGAUCGUGAUGUUCUGCUACAGCUGGUAUGAGCCGUGCCAGGACAUCAUGGACCCCUACUCGGCUUGGUCGCGCGAUUGGGAGGCCAAGCUGAACCAGGAUGACCUGUUCACCACGCGCGUGCGAUUUGCCAGGGUGGACUGCGCGACAGACAAGGAGCUGUGCAACGCCCAGGACGGAUGUCGAGGGGUACCCGCACAUCAAGCAGUACUCCGAAGGCGUUGCCGUCGCCAAGUGGACGGGCGGCCGGCAGAAAGAUGCGGCACGUCUGGCCAAGUGGCUCACCAAGCGGCUCGGGGCGCCCGCAGAGCCCGAGGGCGGCGAGCAGCUCGAGGAGAAGUCCAGCCCGACCCGUCGCUGGUGGCGCGGGAGCGAGGUAUCAACGCCUUGCUCGUGCUUGGCGUGUCCGCCCUCGUCUUCCGUGCCGUGUGCCUCGACGCGGAGCUGUGGAAGGGCCCCACGACGGCCCCUCCAGCUGCAGCGCAGGACGACGGCCACUCCGCCCCGCCGGCGGGGCCGCGCGGCCUUCCCGCGGAGUGGGCCCGUCGCGGCAGCGUGGAGCUCUGAGAGA